GCCGUGUGAGCCUGCGGGGCCAUGGAGCGCUCGCCGCCCGACGGGCUGCUGAACGCGUCUGGGGCGCUGGCGGGAGAGACGGCGGCGGCGGGCGGAGCGCGCGGCUUCUCGGCCGCCUGGACCGCGGUGCUGGCCGCGCUCAUGGCGCUGCUCAUCGUAGCCACGGUGCUGGGCAACGCGCUGGUUAUGCUCGCCUUCGUGGCCGAUUCGAGCCUCCGCACCCAGAACAACUUCUUUCUGCUCAACCUCGCCAUCUCCGACUUCCUCGUGGGGGCCUUCUGCAUCCCACUGUAUGUGCCCUAUGUGCUGACCGGUCGCUGGACCUUUGGCCGGGGUCUCUGCAAGCUGUGGCUGGUGGUGGAUUACCUGCUGUGCACCUCUUCUGUCUUCAACAUCGUGCUCAUCAGCUAUGACCGCUUCCUGUCAGUCACACGAGCUGUCUCGUACCGGGCCCAGCAGGGUGACACAAGACGGGCGGUGCAGAAGAUGGCGCUGGUGUGGGUGCUGGCCUUCCUGCUGUAUGGGCCAGCCAUCCUGAGCUGGGAGUACCUGUCGGGUGGCAGCUCCAUUCCCGAGGGCCACUGCUAUGCUGAGUUCUUCUACAAUUGGUAUUUCCUCAUCACGGCAUCCACACUCGAGUUCUUCACACCCUUCCUUAGUGUCACCUUCUUCAACCUCAGCAUUUACCUGAACAUCCAGAGGCGUACCCGCCUCCGGCUAGAUGGGGCCCGUGAGGCCGGCCCCGAACCCCCAUCCGAGCCCCAGCCCUCGCCACCCCCACCACACCCUAGCUGCUGGGGCUGCUGGCCAAAGGGGCAUGGGGAGGCCAUGCCACUGCACAGGUAUGGGGUGGGCGAGGCAGGCCCUGGCACCGAGGCUGGGGACGCAGCCCUUGGUGGUGGCAGUGGUGGGGGUGCCACGGCCUCACCCACCUCCAGCUCCGGCAGUUCUUCCAGGGGCACUGAGAGGCCACGCUCACUCAAAAGAGGCUCCAAGCCAUCGGCGUCCUCGGCGUCACUGGAGAAGCGCAUGAAGAUGGUGUCUCAGAGUAUUACCCAGCGCUUCAGGCUGUCAAGGGACAAGAAGGUGGCCAAGUCACUGGCUGUCAUUGUGAGCAUCUUCGGGCUCUGCUGGGCGCCGUACACGCUCCUGAUGAUCAUCCGAGCUGCCUGCCAUGGCCACUGUAUCCCCGACUACUGGUAUGAGACAUCCUUCUGGCUCCUGUGGGCCAACUCAGCUGUGAACCCCGUCCUCUACCCGCUGUGCCACUACAGCUUCCGCCGAGCCUUCACCAAGCUGCUCUGCCCCCAGAAGCUGAAGGUUCAGCCCCAUGGCUCCCUGGAGCAGUGCUGGAAGUAAGCCAGCCACCUGUGCCCUUCUGCAGUCACACUCCUUGUGCCCCGUUUCCUGGGCAGCCCCUGCCUGGCUCGCCUCUCCCCCGCAGGAGGUGAGCCUCGCCUUGUCUGUGGCCCACCCUAAAUAUGCCAUGACAGCCUCUCUGAGUCAUUUGCCCUGCAGUGGGGACGGCCUGGUGGGCUGACUGGGGACCUCAUUGGCUGAACUGGAGUGUGGGCUGACCCUACUACCCACAUCCUGCUU